AAUUCCAAAUCAAAACCGCCACCCCUCUUCCCACCUCUAUUUUUCCGAUCAAAUCAACAAAAAAUGGUCCACCCACAACCACCGUCACCACCCACCGUACAAUUCUUAAAUUCCGUCUUAUCACAGUCUAGUCCCUUGGCUCUCCCUUACGCCGAAGACAAUAAAUGGCUAAUCCGUCAACACCUCGUUACUCUAACGGAAUCUUCCCCUUCACUUGACCUUAAAAUCGCUACUUUCACUCAUAACGACGGCCGUUCCGUUAACCUUCUUCAACUUGACGGAACUGUCCCUAUGGUUUUUAAAAACGUUACUUAUAACAUCCCUGUUAUUAUCUGGCUUAUGGAAUCCUACCCUCGUGACGCCCCUCUUGUCUUCGUGAAUCCCACGCGCGAUAUGGUUAUUGAAAGGCAACAUUCUUUUGUUAAUCCUUGUGGUUUGGUUUCUAUUGAUUAUUUGCUUAAUUGGGUUUAUCUUAGCUCUAAUCUUGUUGAUUUAGUUCAUCGUUUGUCUCAUUUUUUCGCUAUCGAUCCCCCGUUAUAUUCACAAUGUAGACCUAGUGUAAGUCUAACCCCUAGUUUAAACCCUGAACUUAGUUCUAGUCUGGCCGAGUCGGUACGGCCUCGGACGGAGGACCCGGGGGAGGUUUAUAGGUGGAAUGUGAUAGAUAAGCUGGUGGUGGAUGUAUUUAGGGAUGUGGAGGAAUUGAGGAAGAAAAGUGAGGUUGAAAUGGAAGGAAUGUUUAAGGCGCAAUCGGUGUUAAGGCAACGAGGAGAGGAGAUAACGAAAGGGUUGAGAGAGAUGCAUCACGAAAAAGAGGCCUUGGAGCAGCAGUUACAGAUGGUUUUGAUGAAUAUUGAUGUGUUUGAAGAAUGUGUGAAAGUGAACAAAGAGGAGUUGUUGAAUGUUGUUGAUGUGGACGAGGCGUUUGAGCCGGUGGAUGUGCUGUCCAAACAGAUGUUGGAGUGUACGGCCGCUGAUCUGGCUAUUGAAGACGUGGUUUAUGCGAUUGAUAAAGUUGUUCAACAAGGGGUGAUAGCUUUUGAUGUUUAUUUGAAACGGGUGAGGUCAUUGUCGCGUGAACAGUUUUUUCAUCGGGCGACUGCUGCUAAGGUUCGGGAUGUUCAGAUGCAAGCUCAAGUUACUAGUAUGGCCUCCAGGGCAUCGGCUUCGUAUGUCGUUUGAACGGUCAUUCGUUGGUUGUCGUAUUGUGGUAUGUGCAGCUUCACUUUCAUGAUAGAGUUUAUAUAAAAAAUUGCGUUAUCUUUGUUAAUUCAUUUCAUAUUUAGUUUUAAAGACUUGUUAUAGAACAACAAAAUUGAAUUACUUUAGCUCCUUAUUGCUAGCAUAAAUAAUACAGUAGUGUAACUGGAAGAGCUUUUUGAAAGGGAGUAUGUGGUUUUCGAUAUUGCAAAUGAGAUAAUCAGAUGUAAUGAAACUUCCUGCAGAAUAUAGUAUUUGGAUGUGAUUCGAUUGGGUUAACUUGUAAUUAUCUCUUUUGGUGGUAUCUAGUGUUUAGUAAUAAUUCUGAUUA